AUGGCUGAUACUACGGCACUCGCAAGGCUGGGCGACCUCGAAGAUCAUAGUUUCGAAAAGCCAACGAAACGCAUUCAUGAUGGACCAGAUGUCUCAUUCUUCUUGACUUCCCUGGCAUACAGGGAUAUAAUAAUCUUCGUACUACAGCUGAAUCAUUCUGUACUACCUCGGAAGCGAGACCACGACGGCUCAAUCAAAAUCACCACUUGGCCCUUGGAAUCACCAGACGUCACAUUCUCAUUUGCAGUACAGUCUAUACGGGCUCUUUUGACAAAACUCAUAGACCUUGUCGACGAAAUCCCUCCGGACACGGGACCUCGUAGGUUCGGGAACAUCAGCUUUCGAAAAUGGUAUCAAUCGGUUGAGAAUCAACUUAAUGAUAUACUGAGCGAGUAUCUGCCCGAGGAACUCGAACCGGCGUAUGAAGAACUAGGUGCCUACCUUCUAGGCAGCUUCGGCAGCUCACAGCGGUUAGACUACGGGACUGGGCAUGAGUUGAGUUUCAUCGCAUUUCUUGCUUGUCUGUGGAAGGUCAACUUUUUCUCACAAGCAGACCCUGGGGUGGAAGAGAGGGGUAUCGUCCUGGGUGUCUUUGAACUAUAUCUGUCUCUCAUUCGGAAAAUCAUCAAGUUAUAUACCUUGGAACCCGCAGGGUCGCAUGGCGUCUGGGGUCUUGACGAUAACUCCUUUCUUCCAUAUGUGUUCGGAUCUGCUCAACUAGCCCCAGCUAUCACAGAGACCGACAAAACACCUACGGAAGGAUCCCUUCCGGACGCGCCGGAAGCAUCUUCGGUGGCAAAGGCGAAUCUCGUGGCAAAGGAGAAAGACAAGAACAUGUACUUCUCAGCGAUCGCAUUCAUUUACGAAGUCAAAAGGGGUCCAUUCUGGGAACACAGCCCAAUGCUCUUCGACAUCUCAGGAAUCAAAGACGGGUGGGGCAAGAUCAACAAGGGCAUGCUCAAGAUGUACAACGCGGAAGUUCUGUCGAAAUUUCCCGUAGUCCAACAUUUCCCCUUCGGUUCGCUUUUUAGAUGGGAGAAGGACCCAGAAGCCAAACCUCCACCCCCAUCAACACAUGCUUCAAGCCAGCCGCUGCGAAAUCCCACCGACACUCAUGCACCGAGCAUCGGAAGACCAGCAGCGAUUGCGCCAUCGAGUGUGGGUGUUGGUGCUACGACAGCAGCUCCGUGGGCCAAGACGACCUCGAAGCCACCAGUUGGGUUUGUCAACGGAGCUACACAAGCACCCUGGGCGAGCCGAACUCCAGCACCACCACCCUCAGCUCUUCCACGAGGCGGACAAUUUGCCGCUCAAAGACGUCCUAUGCCACCCCUCAACGAGGACACAUGGAGACCCGGGAGUCUGGGCAAGCAAGCAAGGGAAUAA